AUGUCUAAUUACGAGCCGGUACGACGUUCGCCCUCCUUCGAGCUCGAUACAAGCCAUGUGUUGCGCGUAAACAGCGGGGCUCGGGCGCCACGGUCAACUUGGAAAAUACUGGGUAUACUACGCAAAUACGGACGAUUUAUUGGACCCGGCCUUAUGGUUUCAGUUUCAUACAUGGACCCAGGAAACUUUAGUACGGCUGUGGCGGCAGGUUCGGCACACCGCUACAAAAUGCUGUUUUCCGUGCUCGUGGCCAAUAUCUUGGCCGCGUUCUGGCAGUGUUUGUGUGCAAAGUUGGGAGCCGUCACGGGGCUGGACUUGGCCCAGAACUGCCGGCGCCAUUUGCCUCAUAAUCUGAAUCUGGUGCUGUACAUCUUGGCCGAGGUGGCCAUCAUCGCCACGGAUCUGGCAGAAGUGGUCGGAACGGCCAUCUCGCUAAAUAUUCUUUUUAACGUGCCACUGCCGCUGGGCGUGAUUUUGACCGUGGUCGACGUGCUCGUGGUGCUGAUGGCGUACCGUCCCAACGGCUCUCUGCGUCUCAUCCGGUGGUUCGAGAUUUUCGUGUCGCUUUUGGUUGUGGGUACCGUGGUGUGCUUUUCCGUCGAGUUGUUCUCGGUUAGCAUCGAAAACGUGGGGGACGUAUUCCACGGCUUUCUGCCGAGCAAAGCCGUGGUAGAAGGCGAUGGUAUCUACCUCAGUUUGGCCAUUCUAGGUGCUACCGUGAUGCCUCACAGUUUGUACUUGGGCUCGGGUGUGGUGCAGCCCAGAUUGCGCGACUACGACAUCACUAACGGUCACUACAAACCCAGCGAAUCCGAUAUGGACAACAAUCACGACAACUACAAGCCUUCUUACGAUGCCAUCAGUGACACUCUCAGCUAUACCAUUGCCGAGCUGCUGGUGUCACUGUUCACGGUGGCUUUAUUCGUUAACUGCUCCAUCCUGAUAGUCGCCGGCGCAACGCUGUAUGGCACCACGCAGGACUCGAGCGCGGACCUGUUUUCGAUCUACGAGCUUUUGUGCAAAAGUCUGUCAAAAGCAGCAGGAACGAUAUUUGUGCUGGCGCUCUUGUUCUCCGGCCAAUCCGCUGGGAUCGUGUGCACCUUGAGCGGGCAAAUGGUUUCAGAGGGCUUUUUGAACUGGACCAUUGCGCCUGCGUUACGCAGAGCUCUGACGCGAGCCGUUGCCAUUACGCCCUGUUUGAUUCUGGUCUUGGUGGCUGGACGUCGGGGCCUGAGCGGGGCCUUGAAUGCGUCACAAGUCGUGUUGUCACUACUCUUGCCCUUUGUAUCGGCACCGCUGCUAUACUUCACCAGCAACAAGAAAAUCAUGCGUGUGGAACUGGCUAACAAUUGCUACUACGAGGCUCGCGACGUCGGAAUAUCGUUGCAGGACCUGGCUCGACCUGAAGACGACGAUGAAGACGACAAUGAUAGCGGCAGGCUCGAUAUCGACACGGCCGUGCCGUCGGGAAACGAAGAUGACUUGUACUCAGACAUGAGUAACAGCUGGUUCACUACCGUGUGUGCCGUCGUGCUGUGGUUAUUCAUCUCGGGUUUGAAUUUCUACUUGCUGGCGAGCUUUUCUACGGGCAACGAUGUGCAUAUGUAA